GAGCCUCUGCUUCGGGAACCCACCCCAGAUCUCCGGCUGUUCCCCAACUGCGCGUCCCUACCCCACCCCCGCGAACGAGCCACCAGCGGAGUGGCGGUCUCCACUUGGUGGAAGAGCCUUGAGCGGUCACCUGGCCCCUCUCCACAGCCUCUCUGCAUCUUGGUUUUAGGGGCGGCCCCCUCCCCCACUUCUUCCUGCCUCCUUGCACCCCGUUUUUUUCUGCAUUUCGCUUGGGUUUUGCAGCCGUCUAUUUGUGCAUCCAUUUUCGUUAGGAGAUCUGGAGGGUGAGACUGCAUUAGCACCCCUUCCCCUUUUCAUCCUCCUCUGCUCUGAAAUCCCCCUUUUCAUCGCGGUCGGUGGGGCCUAGGAUCAGUGCAUCCUACGCUGCUCUGCCAGGACCCCGCAGAGCGUGGCCGUGCGCCCCGGAAUCUGCAGCAGCUGCAUAUCUGAGGAGGGUCUCUAUCGCCCUCGCUGCCUUUGCUUCCGGUGCUAGAGGGGCUUCAGUGCGCCGCACCCCAGCUUCUCCGCAGCCCCCCACACUGCGCGAGACUCGCCUCCCGCCGCCAAGAUGGUCAUACAGAAAGAGAAGAAGAGCUGCGGGCAGGUGGUUGAGGAGUGGAAGGAGUUCGUGUGGAACCCGAGGACGCACCAGUUCAUGGGCCGCACCGGGACCAGCUGGGCCUUUAUCCUCCUCUUCUACCUCGUCUUCUAUGGCUUCCUUACGGCUAUGUUCACCCUCACCAUGUGGGUGAUGCUGCAGACUGUCUCUGACCAUACCCCCAAGUACCAGGACCGGCUGGCUACACCGGGCUUGAUGAUUCGCCCCAAGACUGAGAACCUUGAUGUCAUCGUCAACGUCAGUGACACUGAAAGCUGGGACCAACAUGUUCAGAAGCUCAAUAAGUUUUUGGAGCCUUACAAUGAUUCCAUCCAAGCUCAAAAGAAUGAUGCCUGCCGACCUGGGCACUAUUAUGAACAGCCAGAUAAUGGAGUCCUCAACUACCCGAAACGUGCCUGCCAGUUCAACAGGACCCAGCUGGGCGACUGCUCUGGCAUCGGGGACCCAACCCACUAUGGUUACAGCACUGGGCAGCCCUGUGUCUUCAUCAAGAUGAACCGGGUCAUCAACUUUUAUGCAGGAGCAAAUCAGAGCAUGAGUGUUACCUGUGUGGGGAAGCGAGACGAAGAUGUUGAGAAUCUGGGCAGCUUUGUCAUGUUCCCUGCUAAUGGCAGCAUCGACCUCAUGUACUUCCCCUACUAUGGCAAAAAGUUCCACGUGAACUACACGCAGCCCCUGGUGGCCGUGAAGUUCCUGAAUGUGACCCCCAAUGUGGAGGUGAAUGUGGAAUGCCGCAUCAAUGCUGCCAACAUCGCCACAGACAAUGAGCGAGACAAGUUCGCUGGCCGUGUGGCCUUCAAACUCCGCAUCAACAAAACCUGAGGCCCCUUCCUCCUGCCCCCACCUCUUUCCUAUGGAUGCUUCUGGAAUGUCCCUGACCCUGCCUGAUCCCUCCUUCACCCACCCCAAAGGUAUUUUUUAUAACAGAGCUAUGAUUUGUCUGGGCCUCACACCCUUUUCCUUUACUUCAGAACCCAGCCUGAUGUCCAUUGCGAUUCCCUGCCUUCAUACAUUUUCCACCAUCUCUUGACCCAAGAUCAGUCAGUCAGGGAGAUGGGAUCUGAAGAUGGUCACACAAGAGUUAGGAACCAUUCUGGUUUUGGUGUAGCUGUGAGGGUGUGUCCCCACAGCUACCCAGCUCUUUGGCCCUCCUAUCCUAAGAGCUAUAGAAAAAGCCCGCCUGCCCACCUCCACACACACACAUGUACACGUGUCAUUUUGCCCCUUAGCUUCCAGACACCAGUGUGGUUACUCACCUUUAUCUCCCACACUUUCUGCCUGGUCUACACAGUUGCUGUCUUUGUGGAUUUUGAUUUAUCUGGCGCCUCUGGCAGGUCUUUCCCCACCUCCUCUUCAUCCCCAUUCUCCCCUCUGAAAGGCAGCCCUUUGUACUCGAGGACAAGGUGGGUCUGUGGCCUUUUCCCUAUUUCCUGGCAUAUUCAGCUUCUAACCCUAUGGUGACUGCCUGAACUGGGAAUGAGGGUCUAGAAGAGAAGCCCCACUUGGUUCUUCUUGAAAAUUCUCUUUCUGUUCUGAAUCACCCCAGGAGGCCCUCCUCAGAGGGGUGGGGUUGACCUAGGCUGAAUAUCCACUUUGUUUUUGCCAAUGGCUCCCUUCCCCCGCCCCGUUCUCUUUCCCAGAAUAUCCAAGUUCCACUUCCCAGGAGCCCAGGGGAGGGUCAGCCAUUUGGCCUGGUCCCCUGUGGCCACCUGGGAAACAUCAGCUGGCUAUGGGAUUAUUCCACCUUCUUCCCUAGGGCCCAGCGCUGACCCCACCAGCCUCUGGCUUCUGUUAGCCAAGUUACCAACUAAUCACUAACUCCUGACUUACCUCUCCUCUGCAUGUCAGCCAGAAAGUGGCAAAGAUCGCCUCAGUGUAGGCUCUGAAUUUCUUGGCUCCAGCUCCUUCAGACCCCUUGACUUUGAUGAAGCACCGCAUAGUGACCACAGAACGUUUACCGAGGGGCCUCCUGUGUUCUUGGUUAUAAAGGUGUUUUAACUCUUUAAAAUGCCCUUCAAUUCCCUUCAUGUCCUCACCUCCCUAAUUUCCCUUUUCUUUCUGAUGCUGCAUCCCCAACGCCCUACCCACAGAUAGACCCUCCCCUUUCUCUCUCCCUGGAUCCGAUUCUCUUCCCUUCGGGUCCCCAUGUUUUCCUGCACUCCCCUCACCCCUGUGGUCUCUCUACAGUUAUUUAAUGCCUGUGUCAGAUCUACUGUAAAAAGAGGAUAAAGUACAAUAAAAUCAGAGCAAGUAUAUAUAAAAAUAUAUAUCAUACAUGAA